AUGGCAUCAAUGGCCCUUCCACCCUCCACAGCCUCACAGCUGCAGGCCUUUGUCAAGGCUCAAUUCCUCACAAAGCCUAUUCCACCACCGUUGUCAACAUGCCUCGCCGGGCAGACGGUCAUUGUCACAGGAUCCAAUACCGGCAUCGGUCUCGCCGCGGUUGACAGUCUUCUCAAAUGUCAUGCUUCCCAUAUCAUUAUGGCGUCGCGAUCCGUAGAAAAUGGAGAAACCGCCGCUGCUCCGCUCCGCAAGCAAUACCCCGAUGCUCACAUCGAAGUGUGGCAGCUUGACAUGCUUUCUUACGAGUCCAUCCAGGGCUUCGCCAAAUCUUGCAGCAAUCUGCCCCGACUCGACAAGGUCAUCCUCAACGCAGGCGUGGCCAUGGGUGAUUUCGUCAUCAACGAGAGGACCGGGCACGAGGCCACUUUUCAGGUCAACUACCUGUCCACCGCGCUCCUAGCCAUUCUCCUUCUCCCCAUUCUUGGAUCCAGGCGACAGGCUCAUGGCCCGGGAAGAAUCACGAUAGUCGCCUCUGGGUUAGCACUUGUAUCCCAAUUCGCCAACCGCAACGCCAGCCCUCUCAUUCCAUCAUUUGACGAUCCAACGGGCUGGGGUACUGCGGCAUCACUGGAGCGGUACGGUCUGACGAAGACAUUAGUGCUGAUGCUUGUUCAGAAACUCAGCGAGAACGUGGAUCCCAGUGAGGUCAUCGUCAACGCUAUAGAGCCGGGACUAGUCGGGGGCUCUGGCCUUCAGCAGCAUGCUCCCGCGUACCUGCGGGCCAUCUUCCGCUUUGUCCACAUAAUUGCGGCGCGAUCAACUGAGCAAGGUGCCUGGGCCUAUGUGGAUGCGGUCGCGGUAAAGGGCCAAGAGAGCCACGGUGGCCUGGUGCUGAAUUGGAAUAUCCAUCCGUUUCACCCCAUGAUGUAUGAGCCAAGCGGCAAACAGGUGACAGAGAGGCUGUGGGAAGAAACAAUACAAGAGCUGAGAUUUGCCGAUGCACAGGGCAUCAUUAAUUCCAUGUGCAAAGGGGAUUGA